AUGAAGGUGGUUGUGUGUGCCCUGUUCCUGCUAGGACUUUUAACUCCAACUCGAUGUUCGUCCCGAACUCAACUGAUCGAAGAGUUUCUGGAGAAGCGUUCCAUUACCAGCCUGAUGUUACUCCACUGUGUCCAGGAGCCGGUUGAUCAGGAUGUGAUCCGCAUCGCAUCAGCCCUUCGCCAGUCAUUCCAUGGCAGCGUGUACUACCUCGACGUGACCGGCGCCCACUUUCGACGGCAUUUCCAAUGGCACAUGUUUUAUGAGCGCUACAAAACGGCCAUCACUCUCAACCUGGAGUGCUCCGGAAUGGAGUCGGUGUUGAGUCACCUGUCCGAUAAUGCCUACUUCAAUGAUACCUUUCAUUGGCUUAUGUUUGGUGGACGCAACUUUGAGCAGGUGACCUGUUUGCUGUCGGCUCAGAACAUUAACUACGAUGCCUCCAUCAUGCUAGUGUUCGAUCGUGGCGAUCGUGCAGAUGUUCCCAGGAUUUUCGAAGUGUAUGAUGUACGGGGGACCGUUAAGCGCCGUGGGGGUCGAGUUAGUUUCGAGCUGUUGGGAACAGUUUCUUCGUUGAACCAGCUGCCCAAAAGUCGGGCUCGCAGCCACGACCUGGAGGGCAUUGAGCUGUGGACAGCGCUAGCGACCAUUGACAAACUACAGUCGCAAUCAUUCAUCGAGUACCUCAACCCUCGCACGGAACGUACGAGUCUUAUGGGGACACUACACUGCACACUGUUAUCUCCAUCUCUCACUCUCUCUUUCUGUCUUUCCCGCAGCUUCUACACCGUGUUCCGGCAUCCGAAAAGUUUGAACAAUAGCAACAUCUUCAUGCUUCCGUUCACGAAUAUUGUUUGGCUUGCUAUUAGCCUGAUCUUUGGCGCGGUAGCACUACUGAUCGCGCUGCUGAUCGUCUGCAUUCACCGGACAGGUCGCAGUAGAUCAACUCUCGACUGGCUGGUGGAACAGUCGCUGCUCGGUACGCUGGGGAUGGUGUGCCAGCAGGGCAUCCACCAUCGCAUCAUUUGGUGGAGCUCGAACCAAGUGCUGGUACUGGUCGCGAUGUGCUCCUCGAUGAUCCUGUUCCAGUUUUACUGCUCCUUCAUCGUGGGCUAUCAGCUGAUCACACCGCCAAAGACGAUCAACACGCUGCAGAAGCUGGUGGACAGCGAGAUAAAGAUGACGGUCGAGAAUCUGAGCUACCACCGUGACUUUUUUCUCCGUACCAACAAUCCGGCCGCUUUGAAGCUGUACGAAACGAAGGUUCUGCCCAACAGGUAUGGAGGAUUCGUGAACCUGUCGUUCGGUAUGCAGCUGGUCCGGCAGGGCGGGUAUGCGUUUCACUGUGAAACUUCGUACGGCAAUGCACUCAUCAUAGAAACGUUCACCGAACGGGAAAUCUGUGAUCUGCAGCAGGUCCAGCUCUAUCCCCAGCGUCCCGUCCAUCUGCCCCUGAUCAAGGGCAGCCCGUUGCGGGAGCUGUUCAAGAUUAACCUGCAGCUGAUCAAGGAAAGCGGCCUGCUGGCGUACCAUCACGCGCGAUACUAUACGCCCCGGCCCAAGUGCAACAAACAGAGCAGUACGCACACCGAGCAGAUCCAUCUGGCGGAUGUGAGGUUCGCGUUUGUACUGCUGGCCGCUGGUAUGGCCGCCAGCGCAGCAUUACUCGCAUCGGAGCUUUUGUUCUUGCGCCUUCGUACCUGGUGGCACGAGCGGCAGAUACGAGCCAUUCCGGCGGGGUUCCGUUGGCUUAAUUAA